AUCCUCAAAGACACUUCCGCGUUGCUUCCAUUCCAUAUGUUCCAUUUCAUCACUCCACCCUCUUUUUCUCUCGGGAAUCAGUAACUAAAAGACAACCAAACCAAACCAAACCAUGAAGAAACCCUUAACCUUAACCCUAACCUUGUACCCCUCACUCUCUCCCUUUGUCGUCCCUUCCCUCCGAUCCAAGUGAGCAACUCCACUCAACUCCACUCGCGGCGCGUGACAUGAAAAAAAGAUCCCACGCUGGAACCCACAGGCCACGCAAUGCAAGACCCCGCCACCUCCGACACCACCGAUCACCAAACGACGCCGUCCCCGUCGCCCUCGCCGAAGCGCAAGACCACGACGACGACGACGACGACUAACCGUUCUAACAACAAGCGCCCCGUGUUCAAGGUCCUCCCGGGGCAGAUCGCGUUCCGCCUCGUGUGCCACGCGUCCAUCGUCGGCGGCCUCAUCGGCAGCUCCGGCUCCAUCGUGUCGCAGCUCCGCCGCGAGACCGCCUGCAAAAUCCACUGCGAGGACUCCCUCUCCUCCGCCGAGGACCGCGUCAUCCUCGUCAUCGGCUCCGUCUCGCCGCGAAAGGGCCUUCAACUCGGCGACGGCGGCGAGGUCGAGGUCUCCAGCGCGCAGGAAGCCAUCGUUAGGGUUUUCGAGAGGGUUUGGGGCCUCGAGGCCGAGAAAGGCGUCAAUUCUAACAGAGCCGUUAACAGCGAGGUUUUCUCGAAGUUGCUAGCUCACACUUCGCAGAUUGGUGCUGUUGUUGGCAAAGGAGGGAAGAACAUAACCGCCAUUAGGAACAGUACCGGUGCCAAAAUUAGGGUUUGUCCUCCUCCGCAAUGCGCCACUAAAGACGAAGAGUUAGUUCUAAUAACUGGUGGAAUUUUGGCUGUAAAGAAAGCACUGAUUUCUGUAUCUCAUUGUCUUCAAGAUUGUCCGCCAUUAUGCAAAGUUCCCGUUUCUUCUAGUAUACCCACUGUUAGCUCUUUUGAUAGGUCGUCCUCUGAUCCAAAUGCUGAACUUUUUCCUCGCCUUAAUUCAUUGUUAACCUCCAUGGAAGGUUUAUCUAUAUAUGAACGGACCACAAACUCCAAUGAAUCCUCUAACCGUGACUCAAAAGGUGGAGAACACGAAGUUGUGUUCAGACUACUUUGCUCUAAUAAUGUAGCUGGGAGCGUGAUUGGCAAAAGAGGGGCUAUAGUCAGAGCUCUGGAAAGUAAAACAGGUGCUUCUAUUAUCUUUGCAGCUCCUUUAAGCGAGCAUGCCGAGCGCAUUGUCACCAUUUCUGCUAUCGAGAGCCUUGAAUCUUGUAAUUCUCCUGCACAAGAUGCUGUUAUUCUUGUCUUUGCUAGAAUUAUUGAAGAUCACAUUGGAAAGGGUUUUCUCCAAGUCUCUAGUAUGGAAUCACCUGUAACUGCAAGGCUUUUAGUUGCAACAAGCACGGUAAAUAGCUGGAGUGGCAAUGAAGGUCAGGUGAUUUUAGAAUUGAGAGAAGUAACUGGGGCUGACAUACAAAUAUUGCAUGGAGAGUCAGUUCCUAACGGUGCUUCAGAUGACGAUGUGGUGGUGCAGAUCACUGGAGAAUACAGAUGUGUACAAAAUGCCCUAUAUAAAAUUACUUCUAGAAUCAGGGAUAAUCUUUCACCCAAUGAGGCGGUUACUGAAGCAAGACCGAAAUCCAAUUGGAAAGUGAAUAAGGAUCCUGUAAAGGGUAAACCUUUUUCCCGUGGAAAAUCUGCGUUUCCUUCUGGGAGGUUUCUGCCACGGAAUGCAGGGGUCCAUGCUGAAACAAUAUUACAAAAUGGAGAAUUACAUACGGAUUUAAGUGAGAAUUUGGAACGUGGGAGAGGAAACAUGUUUGCUACGGUGACAAAUACUACUGUGGAGAUAAUAGUUUCUGAACACGUCUUUGGUUCUGUUUAUGGUGAAGAUGGUGGCAAUUUGGAUCGAAUCAGACAGAUUUCAGGUGCAACUGUUACGGUUUAUGAUCCUUCCGUUGGUACAAGUGGAGGGAAAGUUGUCAUAUCUGGGACACCAGAUCAAACCUUGGCAGCGCAGAGCUUGCUUCAAGCCUUUAUUCAAACGGGAGAAGUAAGCUGAUGGAAAGCUGCAUUUCAUCAUCAGUUGAUGCCAUGAAUGGUGUAUAUAGUUAUGUCAAUGUCACACGACAACCUUCCCCUUGUGAAUACGGAUUCACUCUUUUUUUCUUAAAGAUGAUGCUUGCCUCCUUAUAGACUAUAACACAGAUUUUGCUCUCUUUCUCUCCCUCCCUCCUCCACACUCUGUCUCACUUUUAAUUUAAGGUUCACCAUAGUACCAUUUUGCUCCAAGACCCAUUUA